AGACAUAUACUGAUCACACUGUCAAACACAGAAGAGGAAAAUAGCGGCUGCCCCAGCGGCAGCCGCCACCGCCUCGCCUUGUCCUCCACCCCCCAGCCCCUUCCUGGUCCACUCCCUCCCGCCCGCGCACCCCCGAGUAGUGAGUGGCCCCGCGUGGGGGCCGGUGGGUCCGGAGAGUCACCGCGGCGGCGCUGGGUGCUGUUUAAACCAUGUUAAGAAGGAUUUUGCAGAGGACUCCUGGGAGAGUUGGCUCUCAAGGUUCUGAUUUAGAUUCAUCAGCAACUCCUAUAAAUACAGUGGAUGUCAAUAAUGAAAGCUCUUCAGAGGGCUUCAUAUGUCCCCAGUGUAUGAAAUCUCUCGGAUCUGCUGAUGAACUUUUCAAGCACUAUGAGGCUGUUCAUGAUGCUGGCAAUGAUUCCAGUCAUGGCGGAGAGGCUAAUCUUGCUCUGAAGCGAGAUGAUAUAACACUACUAAGACAAGAGGUCCAAGACCUACAGGCUUCACUUAAGGAAGAAAAAUGGUACUCAGAAGAAUUAAAGAAAGAAUUAGAAAAAUUUCAGGGGCUCCAGCAGCAAGAGUCUAAAUCUGAUGGAUUGGUGGCUGAUUCAUCAGCAGAACUACAGUCUUUAGAACAACAGUUAGAAGAAGCCCAAACAGAAAAUUUCAAUAUUAAGCAAAUGAAAGACUUAUUUGAGCAGAAAGCAGCCCAACUGGCAACUGAAAUUGCAGAUAUAAAGUCAAAGUAUGAUGAAGAAAAGAGUAUUCGAGAAGCUGCUGAAGAAAAAGUGACACAUCUGACAGAAGAGUUAAAUAAAGAGACAGCUAAGAUUCAAGAUUUAAAGACUGAACUGCUUCAGAGACCUGGUAUAGAAGAUGUUGCUGUGCUCAAGAAAGAAUUGGUCCAAGUUCAAACGCUAAUGGACAACAUGACCUUGGAACGUGAGAAAGAAUCUGAAAAACUAAAAGAUGAGUGCAAAAAGUUGCAAGCAGAAUAUGCUAACUCAGAGGUAAUGAAGUUCAAUGUGAUCUACAUUAACUUGUUUUGCAUGUAAUGUUGAAUGAAGCUAGGAUCUGAGAUUUUUCUGAGUGGCCUAACAAAAUAGUAUUUGCCUUUCUUUAAUUUGAUCUGAGUAAUAGUUGU